GACUGACAUAUUUGUUUUAUUGUAAGGAAAAGGUUUGCCGGUACACGAGACAUCUUUGCGGUAUAAUAAAGCGCUUCAGGUGCGUCACUUUCCACUGCAUAAAAAGAACGAAGUGUGCCAUUUGGUGGAAGUCAUUUUAGUUUGGAAAAAGCUCUGUGUUCGCGUGUGUCGAAGUGCCUGCAUCAAGGUAGACCUGUCUUUUAGUCUUGUUGAAGGACAGCUGUAUUUACUGACGUAUGUAAAUGAAUAUAGGCUAUAGGGGAGGUCCCUGCCUGGGCAAAAAACACACACUGAAUCAGUUUCACAUCGCAGCUCCGGAGUUCCUGCGUGGAAGGAAAAAAAACGAGACGUGGCGAAAUCUGCUCAGCAAACCAUGCAGGAUGAUUUACUGAUGGACAAAAACAAAGCCCAGGCUCACCAACAGCAAGAUCCGACGCAAGUAGACCCUCCUCCCUCCACCCCGACCCCGUCAUCGGAGCUCACUUCUUCAUCGGAGUCGGAGAGCCCGUCGACCGGGAGCAACCAAGCGGCUUCAGCGCUGAACAGCAGCAGCAGCAGCAACAAGGACAAAGUGCCGAUGGAGUCGCCGAUCCUGCCCGGGUUGAGCUUCCACCACCAGCCGCAGGAGACCGGCGGCCCCCUUUCCUCCCCGUCCUCCUCUUUUGGGAGCACUUGGUCCACGGGAACCACAAACGCCGUGGACGACAGCUUUUUCCAAGGAAUACCCUCGGUGAACGGGACGAUGCUUUUCCAGAACUUCCCCCACCACGUCAACCCGGUCUUCGGGGGUAAUUUCUCCCCGCAGAUCGGUCUGGCUCCCCAGUCCCAGCAGCAUCAACAGCAAGCCCAGCAGCCGCAGCAGCCGCAGCAGCAGCAGCAGCAACCCCAGCCCCAGCAGAGGAGAUCCCCUGGCAGCCCCAGCCAAGGCCCCUUCCCCCAGAGAACCGCUUAUCAGACCAUCAUGAAUAACAGCAAGGGAUCCUCGUCGUCGUCGUCUUCUUCUUCCUCGUCGUCCGCUUGGAAUAAUCACCAAAACGCCGCAUGGAGCACAGCCUCCAACCCCUGGAGCGGGCUGCAGGCAGGCAGGGACCCGCGCAGAGCGGUGGGCGUCGGGGUAGGGGUCGGAGUCGGCGUCGGGGUGCCGUCCCCCAUGAACCCCAUCUCCCCCAUGAAAAAACCCUAUACUAGCAACGUUAUAGCACCCCCCAAGUUUCCGAGACCAGGUCCCCUCACCUCCAAGCCCUGGAUGGAGGACAGCGCCUUCAGGACUGACAACAGCAACAACAUACUGCCUUUCCAGGACCGGAAUCGGCCCUUUGAUGCUUUUAGCUUGCACUCUUUGGAGAAUUCCUUAAUGGAUAUGAUAAGGACUGACCAUGACAAAGGUAAACCACACCCUGCCGGUGGCCCACCAAUGACUAUCGCUGAUAUUAUAUGGAGGAAUCAUUUUGCAGGACGCAUGGGCCUCAACUUUCAUCAUCCUGGAGCCGAGCACAUAAUGCCAUUGAAUACCCGGAGCUAUGGCCGCAGAAGAGGUCGCUCCUGUCUUUUCCCCUUUGAAGACGGUUUCCUCGACGACGGUCACGGUGACCCCUCCUUGACCCCUGGCCUGAACUCACCCACCCGCUGUCAGAACGGAGAGAGGAUGGAGCGCUACUCCAGGAAGGUCUUUGUCGGAGGCCUCCCCCCUGACAUAGACGAAGACGAAAUCACCAACAGUUUCCGUCGCUAUGGGCACCUGGUGGUAGAUUGGCCCCACAAAGCUGAGAGCAAAUCCUACUUCCCACCUAAAGGCUACGCCUUCCUACUCUUCCAGGAAGAGACUUCUGUCCAGGCCUUGAUCGACGCCUGCAUCGAGGAGGAUGGAAAGCUCUACCUGUGUGUGUCCAGUCCCACCAUCAAAGACAAACCGGUCCAGAUCCGUCCCUGGAACCUGAGCGACAGUGACUUUGUCAUGGACGGCUCCCAGCCUCUGGACCCCCGCAAGACCAUCUUUGUUGGGGGGGUGCCGCGGCCCCUGCGUGCAGUGGAGCUGGCGAUGAUCAUGGACCGUCUGUACGGAGGUGUUUGCUACGCUGGCAUCGACACUGACCCGGAGCUCAAAUAUCCAAAGGGUGCGGGCCGCGUGGCCUUCUCCAAUCAGCAGAGCUACAUCGCUGCCAUCAGCGCUCGCUUCGUUCAGCUGCAGCACAAUGACAUCGACAAAAGGGUGGAGGUGAAGCCGUACGUCCUGGACGACCAGAUGUGCGACGAGUGCCAGGGGGCGCGCUGCGGGGGGAAGUUUGCCCCCUUCUUCUGUGCCAACGUCACCUGCCUGCAGUACUACUGCGAGUACUGCUGGGCCAGCAUCCACUCGCGAGCAGGCCGAGAGUUUCACAAGCCACUGGUGAAGGAGGGUGGCGACCGCCCUCGACACGUGUCCUUCCGCUGGAGCUGAGGGGGGGUCCCCGAGUCAG